AUGUCGUUCGGAUUCAGUAUCGGAGAAUUUAUCGCAGCUAUCGGAAAUACCUUUAAGACGAGCUCGGAGAUCAAUGGUUCUAGGGCUGAACGGGCUGAGCUUGCUCAACAACUUGGGAAGUUUCGUCUAGCACUGGCGAAUGCUAAACGGUUGGCUAUCGAUCUAAAGUUGUCUCAAAUGGCCAUUGAAUCCGUUGAGAAGCAGCUUGCGAUUGAGGCCUUAAAUACUGUUCGGAGUGUAGGGGAGAUAAAAAGAAAAUCUCUCGAUAGAAGAAUCCCGGCUCCCUUAAAACCAGCCUUGAAUGGGAGCCCUUUAGGUCGGGAUGAAGUAGCUUGCAAGGAAGAGAACAUGAGGGAGACACUGGAUGACCUUAGGAAGAAAAUAACGCUCUUAGAAAUUCUCCUGCAAGAGUGCAACUCAGAUACGAUCCGGGAUAUCGGUGGUCCUGCCGCCCCAAAACAGCCGCUCGGUUUUGAAGUCAUCUAUUUUAUAGACGCAUUUGGUAGGCGGCGCGUUUUUGACUUUGACAUGUGCAAAAAGUGCGAGGACUUCCACGAUCUUGUAAAAUUUAAUCUUAAAGACUCGACCGGAAAGGGCUGGGUAAACGCCGGACAAUACGAGAUAUCGGAUGAGACCACAGGAAUUGUGUUGACCGCAAAGAACUGGGAUACACUCAUCAGUCCAGGGAUGACGCUUUUCAUGGCCAUGAUACUCGAAAUCGAGGUUGAGGACACCGAAGGCAACAACAACUGUCCAUCAUGUGACUCAACACAUUGUGGAGCAAAAGCCAAUGGUCUUCAACAGCUGUAUUGCCCCGAAUGCGCAGCAGUAUUCAAGAUCAUGUCAAGACAGCAGAUUGAUCAACCGGUAAACGACAACAUUAUCACAAAUGGCCGUAAAUUUGACGGUGACGGUGUCGACGCAAAACCUGAUGAAGAACCUACAUUUCUCAAAAUUUCUGACCUGAAAACCUUCCGCCGGUUUCAUGUAUAUCAAAACAUAGUUCAUCGUGAAGAGCAAACUCCACCGAGCGCUUUAGAUGUGGAGUUGGCACGCAAGCUGCUUGUAGAAAGCGCGAUUGAUGCGGGCUUACUUACACCCUCGCAGCUGUCCGCUUUUGCUUCUCAGAAUCGACUAUGCAAUUGA